AUGACUACGAUACCAUCGUCGAGGAGCGCCCAACGGAACGCUCAACCCACUGCCACUGCCAAAAACGGCGCAUCGGCAUUCUAUUUGGAAAGGACUCUGAGUCAAGUGUCACGCGGAGGAAGCCCGCAUUCCGAAGCUGUGGCGUCCUCAGAGGACGAACGUGACAUCGUCGUCAAGAAACCGAGCCAAGCGCCGCAACUUGUCAGAAAAAGCUCGUCUCAAGCGAUGCCGCCGCAUCGCAGGGGCUCGUGGUUGGCCGAAGUCCAGCCUACUCCUGUCGCUAGACGGCUUUCCCAAGGGGGGGUUUCGAUAUCCUCGAACAAUUCGCAACCAACGACGCCAGGAGAACAGGCACCAUGGAAGAAUACCAAGCCUGCAGCCACUGGUAUAUCCUACAGCAACCCCUUCGGGACAGACACGCGGAGGGAACCGCCAGCACGUCUUUCAGAAGUAUCGCCGUCACCCUAUUUCGGAAUCGCAGACGAAGUCUAUUCACCGAGCCACGAGGAACCAGGAGAUGAUGGAUUUGGCCAUUACCAGUCUAAAAACCAACGCUCACAGUCAUAUUCCGUUGGUCAGAUCGAUCGUGAUGAUAUGCAAUUCCCCGCACCCCAUCGCGGUGUCGGCGCACGCGCAAGCUUUCAACCUCUCUACCAGUCCUCACGCCCUAGCGGACUCAGCGAGCUUCGUGAAGAAGAAGUGAGCAGCCAGAAUUUAGGUAUUCCGCUCUCGCUCAGCCGAACAGGCAGCCGUGUCGAGUCUGGGCCUGGUAGUUCGGCCUUGCUUAAGCAGGCGGUACAGCAACAACAACGCCAGCGUACGUCAAGUGCAAGUAUCCAUGCAGGUAAUUGGGCACCACAAAGGGUGCAGAAUUAUUCAGAAGCAUCGGAUUACGCAAUUGAUGAAGCGGAUGACUAUGAUUCCGAUUCUGGUGCUCCCCAGUACUCCAACAUGCUCGGCCGCGGUCUUGUUGACAGGCGCUUCAGUGAGAUGACGUCCCCUCUACGUCCUGACCCGUUCAGUCGUUUCAGCGAAGGGGUCCGAAGGUCGCAGUGGCAGAGUUCUCUUGGCUUCGAAGGCUCCGACGAAGGCUCACAAAGCCGACGUCACUCAUUCGCAUUCCCUCGACCCCAGGCUCGUAACAGCCUUGCAAGUUCAUUCCCUUUCACCGACGGCACAAUGGAAGAUGAACGUGCCCCCCAGAACUCACUUGCUCAACCGGUCCAGGACGUUUCCCACAUCGGACUUCAUUCUCCGCCCGCCAAAUCGCACCACCAGACUCUCAACCAUGACCAGGAGUACGCUCACUUCCGUACGAACUCUGGUGACGAGGAAACUGCAAUUGAGUUAGGCCAAGCCAAUGACCGCGCCUUUGCGCACUCAUACUUUAGCGGCUACGGCCCGGCAAUGCGAAGCGUUGCGGCAACCACGUCUGGCAUCCCAGCCACGGCUUCGGCCAUCGUCAACCCAUACGCAGCACCGACUGUGGCACGUCCCACAAAGCACCUUUACAUCGUGACGUUCAAAUGCUCACGUUCUGACGUGUACUACAUUCCGGAAAAUGUCGGUCUUGAAGUGAAGUCUGGCGACAUGGUUAUUGUCGAAGGAGACAGAGGUCAAGAUCUUGGUCAAGUCACGCAUGUCGACGUCACGCUUGAGGAGGCUAGACAGCAUUUGAAAGAGGCAUCCGAGCAGCACUUCCGCUGGCUUAUGAUGUUCUCGCGUCAUGUCCAAAAUGGGACCAGCGGGGCAGUCAACCCCAACGGCAUGCUCGCAGCUUCAAAUGGAGAGCAGCUUGGCAGGGAGGGUGGAAUGGGGCCUCGUCCACCUACGCAGGCCCCACAAGUCGAUGACCUAAGGCCGAAGAUGUUGAAACGGCUUGCUCAAGGACACGAGAUCCAGGUACUCCGUGACAAGGAGGGUGCUGAAGCGAAGGCAAAGCGCGUCUGUCAGCAAAAAGCCAUCGAACACGGACUCACCAUGGAGAUCUUGGAUGCUGAAUACCAACUCGAUUACAAGAAGCUCACAUUCUUCUACUACGCAGACUGCUACAUCAACUUCAACCAUCUCGUCACCGACCUCUUCAAGAUCUACAAGGCAAGAAUUUGGAUGUCAGCUGUCAAUCCUGCAUCCUUUGCAACACCUUCCAAUACCCUCAACCAGCUUCCCCCUCCCUCAAGCCUCGGGCCCGGUGCAACAUCAUCUGCGAAUGGGGCUUUCAAUAAUAACUCCAUGUCUGUUCGUUCACCCUAUGGUCGAGGAGCGUUUAGUGCACCACGUACGCCCGGAAACCUUGAUGUCGGACCGAGCGCGACGCAACAAGAGUAUUCUGAAGCUCCGGGAAGAUCUCUGUACACUUACGCGUCGACCCAGCCUUACGGUGGUUUCAAUCCCGUAGCUUCAGCCUAUGCCCCCACUUGGAUGCAGAGCCCAUCCUCUGCCGAACAUGUUCACCAGUACAUGAUGCGCUACAACAACCAUCCAUAUUUCCAAGGAUAUCACCUUUAUCCUGGCCAGGAGGCUUCCUCGGGCGUUCGUGGCGGUGCUGCCUCCCCACAUACCGAAGGAGACCAGAAUCUCGCGCAGAACUUCCAAGACCUUUCGCUUCAUCCACGACCCACCUCUUAG